AGGUAUAAAUGUGGGUAUAGUCCCAGUUGGUUGCCUCAUACUUGGAGGAUAGGACAUUGGGUGCUUCCUUCUUUUAUAGAGAGAGAGGAAGUUGUAAUAAUCUGAAAGGUUGAUGGAGGAACAGCUUAACCCAUUAGCUGCCACACAUCUCCUUCAACAGACUUUGAGAAGCUUAUGUAUUCAUGAAAACUCUCAAUGGGUUUAUGCUGUAUUCUGGAGGAUCUUGCCUAGAAAUUACCCACCACCAAAAUGGGAUGUACCAGGAGGAGCCUAUGAUAGAUCAAGAGGAAACAGGAGGAACUGGAUACUAGUAUGGGAAGAUGGGUUCUGCAAUUUUGCAGCUUCAACCGCUGAGAUCGAGUCCGGCAAUUGCCCAGACUCAUCUGUAAAUGGAAACUAUGAAUUCCAACACCUUAAAGGCCUGCAACCUGAGCUUUUCUUCAAGAUGUCUCAUGAAAUCUACAACUAUGGAGAAGGUUUGAUUGGAAAAGCGGCUGCAGAUCACAGCCAUAAAUGGGUAUUCAAGGAGCCAAGUGAUCAAGAAAUCAACUUCCUGUCUGCAUGGAAUAACCAAGGAGAGACACAUCCAAGGACAUGGGAAGCUCAGUUCCAGUGUGGCAUCAAGACCAUUGCUUUGAUUGCAGUCAGAGAAGGUGUUGUUCAAUUAGGGGCACUUCACAAGGUGGUGGAAGACCUGAGCUACAUUGUUCUACUGAGAAAGAAGUUCAAUUAUCUGGAGAGCAUCCCAGGUGUCCUCCUACCACAUCCAUCAUCUUCAGCAUUCCCUUUCAAGGGCGAGCUGGGAUGCAGUGCAGCAGAUCACACUUGGCCAGGGAAUACAGCACUCACCGCCCAGCCGGCAAUAACAUCGAUGACAACCGACUUUUACAAUCAGUAUGGUCAGCCUGUAAAGAUCACUCCAUCCAUGAGCAGCCUUGAAGCACUUCUCUCAAAGCUCCCAUCUGUGGUUCCCUCACCGUCCCCAUCCUCGUCCGGAUACUGUGAAUCAACACCGCAGCUUGUAUUGUCACACCAGCCACCACCACCAUCAUCGUCCCAAUAUUAUGAAUCAUCAACACCAACACAGCUUUUAUCACCACACCAGCCAUUGGAAUUGAUGGGAAAGGAGAAGAUGGACAAGGAAGAGAUAGAGGAGGAAUAUGGAGAAGGGAGAGAGACAAGUGAGGGUAGCAGUUCCAUGUCUUCAUAUCAUUAUCAUCAUCACCAUAAUAGUAAUUAUGAGCAUCACCAUUACCAUCAUCACCUCAAUGUAAGCAACAGCAGACCAAACAAAGAACUCUAAGUGAUUCGCAGAUCGAAUGGACUACAAGUUUCACAUCCGGUUCUAACCUGUAGUUUUUAAUUUCAGUCUCAUUGUAUGUUCUCUUUAGCCAUCCUCGUAG